AUGGAGCUCUCUUGCUCUCACAAUAUCCUGAGCACCACCGCAGCUCCUCAAUAUACAAGGGAAAGUGUAGACAUUAGGCCUAAUGCCAAUCCACAACAUUCUAUGGUACAAACAGAGAGCAUCAUCAAAGAAGCCACCUUUAGCAUACCUACCAACAAGAACAUUCCAGGACCACAAAUUCCUCUCGCCCAUUCUCCCAAAAAUAUUCCAAGCACUACCUACAUCGCCGAACCUCACAAACCUACUCAGCAACGCAUUUCCAAGCCCAAGACUCAAAGGGGACAGCAAGGAUUCCAACACAAGUUGGUACACAAAAACGACCUUCCUUGCGUCCUCUCCGGAACUCGCAGAGUCUCACCAGGGCAACAAAACUCUCCUCCUCAAUCGGAGCUUUCUGCAACCGCAUCGAGUCAAUGUAUUCCAGAGCUGGUGCGAGGUUCCCAUGAAGACAAAGUUGGAGCAAACCCGAAUUCAUGGGUUUCUGGGCAAGGAGCGAAGUGA